UGUUUUGAAGUCAUGGCUAAUGUCAACAUCACCCGAGAUAUCCUGCACAGACAGAUCCAGGACAAGAGAGCUUCUGGCUUUCAACGAUUCCAUCAUGUGACAGACCCCUUUAUCAAAAGACUUGGCCUGGAGGCUGAGCUUCAGGGCCACACAGGCUGCGUGAACUGUUUGGAAUGGAAUGAAAAUGGAGAUCUGCUGGCCUCCGGAUCUGAUGAUCAACAUGCAAUCAUAUGGGAUCCAUUCAGACUCAAGAAGCUAACUACUAUGCACACAGGACAUUCAGCAAACAUAUUCUCUGUAAAGUUCCUCCCUCAUUCUGGAGACAGAAUUUUGGUAACUGGUGCGGCAGACACUAAGGUCCAUGUGCAUGACCUGACUGUGAAGGAAACCAUCCAUAUGUUUUCUGAUCAUACCAACAGGGUAAAACGCAUUGCCACAGCGCCUAUGUGGCCCAACACCUUCUGGAGUGCCGCUGAGGAUGGUAUCAUCAGGCAAUAUGACUUACGAGAGAGCAGUAAACGCUCCGAGGUCAUUAUUGACUUGACAAAGUUCUGUGGUCAACUAGCGGAAGCCAAGUGUUUGGCUAUUAACCCGCGGGACAACAACUACAUGGCUGUUGGGGCUAAUUGUCCCUUUGUACGUCUCUAUGACAUCCGUAUGAUUCAGAACUGUAGGAAAUCAAUAAAAAAAUUCAAGGCAUCUGCAGCGCGUACAUUCUUAGAAAAUCAAUAUCCCAUUCCAGAUGGCGCUGUGCAGUAUUAUGUUGCAGGUCACCUGCCAGGGAAACUGAGAGACUACACUAGCCGCUUGAGGGUCUUGGUUUCCACUUAUGUCACUUUCAGUCCAGAUGGAACUGAGUUACUUGUCAACAUGGGAGGAGAACAGGUGUAUUUGUUUGACCUGACUAGUAGACAAAAGCCGUACACAUUGCUGCUUCCACAAACGUGGCACUCAUCAACCGAAGAUUUAGAGAAUGAGGAAACAGCCAACGGAAUCGCCAAUGGAAUUCAUUUUCCAGCUAGCCAUGUACGAUAUUCCCAAAGCAACAUGCAACUAAGCGCAACUGAGCUACCUCCACAUUUGGAAAAGAUCAAACAACAAGCAAACGAUGCGUUUGCGCGACAACAUUGGACGCAGGCUAUUCAACUGUACUCUUUAGGAAUUCAUCAAUCCAGCAGCAACGCUGUACUUUAUGGAAAUCGGGCUGCAGCCUACAUGAAGCGGAAAUGGGAUGGGGAUCACUAUGACGCUCUAAAGGACUGUCUGAAAGCACUUACUAUAAAUCCAGAACAUUUGAAGGCUCAUUUCAGGCUUGCGAGGUGUCUGUUUGAGCUCAAGUAUGUGUCUAAAGCAGUGCAGUGCCUCGAUGAUUUCAAAGAAAAGUUCCCGGACCAGGCGCACAGCAGUGCUUGUGACGCAUUGGAUAAAGAUAUUAAGGCCUUUUACACAGAGAUGGUAACAGCAGAAGAUAAGUUCGACAACUCCAGCCGAUUCCAUUUAUAUAAUCGUUAUGAGCCCAUCCUUAAGGAUGAAGUGCAUUUUCGAGAGCAAAGUUUAGACUACAAGCGCAGAUACUGUGGUCACUGCAACACAACCACGGAUAUUAAAGAAGCCAACUUCUUUGGAAGCAAAGGCCAAUACAUAAUCAGCGGGUCAGACGAUGGUUCGUUCUUUAUAUGGGAAAAGGAGACAACAAAUCUGGUGCGUAUCAUGCAGGGAGACAACUCGAUAGUCAACUGUUUGCAGCCCCACCCCAGCUACUGUUCACUGGCAUCAAGUGGUAUUGACCCAGUGGUCCGAUUAUGGAACCCCAGACCAGAGACCGAGGGUGUAAAUGGCCGUGUAGUAGAGGACAUGGAAGGCGCUGCUCAGGCCAACCAGCGGCGAAUGAAUGCGGAUCCUUUGGAGGUUAUGCUCCAAAACAUGGGCUAUCAUUUCACAGGAUUGCGUAGCGUAGGCCCGGAGGGUUCCGAUGACGAGGACAGCUCGGAUGGACAUGUGCAAUGUAGACCAAGUUAA